GUUAACAUAAUAUCCAUUAUAAUUUCAUUUAUAAUUCUCUCUGAAUCUGUUCGUAUUCCUGAGUCUAAUGAGUCUAGUGCAUUUCGGUCGAUUAGAUCCCGGUUUAAUGAAUUAAAUGCGGAGAUAAGUCGACUGGCAGAGAGUUCAAAUCUACAGCAUAUAAAACCCUACGAUCUUAACUGCGCCGAAGCAACUGCCGGUUCAAAGCCCAGCGGAAUCUAUGAAAUUCUAAUUCCCCGCUACAGUAAAAACCCAUUUAAAGUGACCUGCGACGCAACGACUCAUGGAGGCGGUUGGACUGUCAUUUUAAAUCGAAUCGAUGGAAGUGAGAACUUUUACCGAAACUGGAACACUUACAAAAUGGGUUUUGGUGACUUGGAUGGUGAGUUCUUUUUAGGAUUGGACAAACUUCAUGCGCUGACUGCAGAGCACAGUCAGCAAUUGCUUGUGAUUCUGGAGGAUUUCGAAGGAACAGUACACAACGUAACUUACGAGAGAUUUGCAAUCUCAGGCGAAGACCAACAAUAUGGCUUAAAUACGUUGAGCAAAGGCAUUGGAACUGUUGCCGAUUCCCUCGCAUAUCAGUGGGGCAUGAAGUUUACCACCUAUGACCGCGAUAAUGAUAUCAGUUCAGGUAGAAACUGCGCUGAAGCUAAAACUGGCGCAGGUUGGUACCGAGAUUGCACAGCUAGCAACUUGAUGGGAACAUAUAAUUCGACCACUUGUGAUAAGGGCGUCACUUGGGAUGCAUUUCGAGGUUGCAGUUACUCUCUGAAGAGAGUCGUGAUGAUGAUUCGCCCAAGAAAGUAAUUACUUAAUCAC